AUGGAUACCGAAAUGAGUCCCUACGGCAAGGUCCAGACAAUGCCAUUUGGAAAAUGGGAUAGUCCAAUUACGGAUGACAUGAUCACGUCUAAAAGUAUUGGGUUCACUGAGAUCCACGCUGCCAAAGACGGCAUAUUCUAUGUGAUUGAAGCCCGUCCAGCUGAUGCCGGACGGUGCUGUAUUGUUCAAUGGAUCAACGGACAGGCUAGAGAUGUGCUGCCUUCAGGGUACAACGCACAAACAGCAGUACAUGGAUAUGGUGGCGGCGCAAUGUGUCCUCUAGCAAACAACAAAACAUUGGUAUUCUCAGAUGUCAAUACAAACGGAGUUUGGAUUCUCGACUCUGCGACAUGUGGCGUCACAGCAGCCAUCGUGCCAAACCCACAGGUCUAUUUUGCUGAUCUUCAUGCUCAUCCAAGUGAGGAGAGAUGGAUCUUGGCGAUUUGUGAAGACCACCGAUGCCCAUCGGGAGAAGUGGUGAAUACCAUUGUAGCCAUUGAUAUUAUCCAAGGCAAAACGACCACUCUUGUUGAAGGAGCUGAUUUCUAUGCUCAUCCACGAUUUGACCCUUCCGGCACCCGAAUCUGUUGGACUCAGUGGCACCACCCAAAUAUGCCUUGGACUGGGACCGAGCUGUUUGUGGCAUCGUGGAAUCACGAUGGUACUAUUGAGAAGCCCAGAUUACUUGCAGGAAGAGAAGGCCAUGAGAGUAUCGCUCAGCCUCGAUGGGGCCCCGAUGGAACGCUUUACUUUGUUUCAGAUCAGAGCGGUUACUGGCAACUUUGGCGGUGGCAUCCAGCAUGUGCUGAUUCUGAUCCUACCCCUAUUUCCCUCGAUGGACUGGAGACUGGUGAGUUCGCUUCACCAGAAUGGUGGCUUGGCAGUUCUACGUAUGGGCUUCUCGAUUCCAAACGCAUGGUAGCUGCAUGGACGUUUAAUGCCACAGAGCGUCUCGUUAUCAUCGAUCUCACGACCUUGAGAUAUGAAUUUCUCAAUGCAUCUGUCGCAACACUAACAGGAAUUACUGGCAGUGCCCUGGUUGUAACAUCCUCCAAUAGCAUAGCUAUUGUAGCAUCUUCAUCCGACUCUCCAUACGCCUUAUACCACGUGGAAUUCAACAAGCCAGCCUCCCUUACGACUCUUCGCCCUUCGGCCACGAUUUCCGUCUCUAGCACAUUUUUCUCGCAAGGCAGGCCUAUCUCAUUUCCUCGCUCGAAUUUGAAUGCUCAUGCGUUUUUCUUCCCACCUCAAAACCCUCACUAUGUCGGCCCUCAGAACUGUCUACCCCCUUUGGUAAUCUCAAUACAUGGUGGUCCCACCCUUCACUCGAACCCUGGGCUUUCGUUACAAUGGCAGUAUCAUACAACUCGCGGCUAUGCAGUCGUCUUGCUAAACGGUGCUGGGUCGUCUGGCUAUGGAAGAAAGUACCGCGAGAUCUUGGACGGUAAAUGGGGUGUUCUCGAUAUUCAGGAUGCUGCAGACUGUGCACGGUACCUAAGUACCUCGGGAAUAGUUGAUGGAAAUGCCAUUGGAAUAACGGGAGGUAGCUCAGGUGGCUAUGCUGCACUGCAAGCUAUCUGUGAUUUUCCAUCCUUAUGGGCAGGCGCAGUGAGCAUCUCAGGGAUCAGCGAUGUUGAAGCACUCGUCAAAGACACACAUAAAUUUGAGAGCCACUACCCUCUGCGACUCAUUUUUGGAGAACAUGUACCCGAUGAUGAAAGCGUCCGGCGAAGAGUAUAUCGUGAGCGCAGCCCACGUUUCAAGGCGCACAAGAUUACCGCUUCGACUUUGCUGCUCCAAGGACGGGAAGACCAAAUUGUUCCUUUGAAUCAGGCUGAGGCUAUGGAAAGCUCGAUUCUAUCAAAUGGCGGCACUGCAAAGCUGAUUGUUUUUGAUGGCGAAGGCCACGGCUUCCCGCGAGGGGCGGAGAAUGCACUUCGAGCAGUGCAAGAACGGAACGAGUGGUGGCGUCGCAGCCUCGUCAGUCAACAAGCAUCCGUCCAUCGCAAACUCGGCGUUUUACUUAUAGCUCUCAUUUUGAUGGUUAUGUGUCUUUUCUAUAGAGUAUUGACUUGA